AGCAGUCCGAGCCCUUCCUCUGACCAGCUUCCACGGGGAUUUACUUCCUGACUAGGAGAGAUGACUCUGGCCUGGAGACUUGUGGCGAGAACUUUGCACCUGCAGACUUCCUCACGCGGGACUCCUAAGACGUGCCCUUCCCUGAGCCUGAGCUCAGGUGCUUUGUGGGGGUCUGGGACCAAGCUCGGUCUUCAUACAAAGCCCAGGAUGCCUCCAUGUGACUUCACCCCUGAGAGAUACCAGUCCCUUCCCUACGACCGCGUCCUGGACAUCCACAAGCAGCACCUUUCUCCCGUGCUGACGGCCUACUUUUCCAAGCCUUUGCUGCUCCACCAGGGCCACGGGGAGUGGCUCUUUGAUCACGAGGGAAACAGAUACCUGGACUUCUUUUCUGGGAUUGUCACCGUCAGUGUUGGUCACUGCCACCCGAAGGUAAACGCAGCGGCACAAAAGCAGCUCGGCCGCCUGUGGCACACAAGCCCCCUCUUCUUCCAUCCACCAAGCCAUGAAUAUGCGGAGAAGCUUUCGGCACUUCUUCCUGAACCUCUAAAGGUCAUUUUCUUGACGAACAGCGGCUCCGAGGCCAACGACCUCGCCAUGAUGAUGGCCCGAGCACACUCCAAGAACACGGACAUCAUCUCCUUCAGAGGAGCCUACCACGGAUGCAGUCCUUACACCUGCAGCUUGUCAAACGUGGGGCUGUUCAAGAUGACUCUCCCCAGUGGGUCGGGCUGCCGAUCAACAAUGUGCCCAGACGUCUUCCGGGGCCCUUGGGGAGGAAGCCACUGUCGGGAUUCUCCCGUGCAAACCAUAAGGAAAUGCAGCUGUGCCCCAGACCGCUGCCACGCUAAAGACCAGUAUAUUGAACAGUUCAAAGAUACUCUGAACACGUGUGUGGCCAAGUCAAUUGCUGGAUUUUUUGCCGAGCCAAUUCAGGGGGUGAACGGGGUCGUCCAGUACCCGAAGGGGUUUCUGAGGGAAGCCUUUGAGCUGGUGCGAGAGCGGGGAGGCGUGUGCAUUGCGGACGAAGUGCAGACAGGAUUUGGGAGGCUGGGCUCUCACUUCUGGGGCUUCCAAACCCACGGCGUCCUGCCAGACAUUGUCACCAUGGCCAAGGGGAUCGGGAACGGCUUUCCCAUGGCAGCAGUCGUGACAACUCCAGAGAUCGCCAGGUCUUUGGCCAACUGCGUGCUGCACUUCAGCACCUUCGGAGGGAGCCCAGUGGCCUGCGCCGUGGGAUCGGCCGUGCUCGAGGUGAUUAAAGAGGAAAAUCUACAGGAGAACAGUCAAGAAGUUGGCACCUACAUGUUACUGAAGUUUGCUAAGCUGCGGGAUGAAUUUGAAAUUAUUGGAGACGUCCGUGGCAAAGGCCUCAUGAUAGGCAUAGAAAUGGUGAAGGAUAAGACGAGCCGCCAGCCUCUUCCCCGUGAGGAAGUCAGUCAGAUCCACGAGGACUGCAAACGCAUGGGUCUUAUCAUUGGCAGAGGUGGCCUUUUUUCUCAGUUCGUCCCCAGGCACAGCAAGACUUGCCCUUCCCACCUGCUGAGCUGUCUUGGGGGCUGAGUGAGGUAACGGAUGUCAAAGUGCCUUGCAGACUCAUGAGCUACGCAGAUGGAAUAUUCUCCACGUCAGCUUACCUGUCUCUUCUUCCCUUCACUGCAUAGGCUCCCAAGAGCAGUUUGGGGGCUUCGUUUAUACUUCCCUGCCCGCUGUUUGUGCCUCAACCACUAGGACCUCAUUGCUGCCUCUUGUUUCUUGGAAAUGACCUUCUCGAAAGCCCACCAGGGACUGCGCUAUGGCCAAAACGUAGUGUUUCCUUCCAGUGUUUUCCCUAAACUUCUGCUCCUUCUUGACCAGGACUCCUUGGCUCCUGCCAUGUGGGCCUUGGACCUCAGAUGGCUCCUCCCCCGUCCCUUUCGCGGCGACUCCCCCAUUGAAGGCUCUGCCCUGGGCCCUCUCCUCUCCCAGGCUGUGCUCUCCCCCUGGGGGCACUUCGGGACGUCGCCUUUCUUCCUGCAUGACUGACUCCCAAAUACUCGUCUUCUGUCCCAACCUCUUCUCUGAGCCCAACCCCACAGGAGUCUCUUCCUGACUAACGUGCCCAUUUUGUCUCGGGCUCACACUUAAGGUCACUAUUUUUCUCCAAGUGCGGAUGAGAAAAGGGGCUGAAACCGGAAAAGACACCGGCGUUCAGGCUGCCUGUCACUACCAAAUCCAAUAAGCAAUGAUAGUGAUUGAAUCUUUCAUGGGCGCUUUAUUCAGAUGGCCGUCGAUCCGAGAAGAUGGGGGGUUCAUAUCCUAACAAACCAUCUUCCCUUCUCUUUCCUGGCCAGAUCUUUUAUAAGGGGGUGGGGGAGGACAAACAAGGUGUGGGGAGGGCUUUGAAACUCAGGGAGGAUUAGGUGAGAGAAGCUGCAGCCUUCCAGUUCUCCGCAGUUAGCUGUUCCCAAGGUGGGGGUGGGGGGCACACAAAAGGCCCAGAUGCCUCCAACAGGUCCCCAGGUGGUAAUCUCUAGCCAGUGCCCCAGGAGGUCGGCUGCUUUUCCCAGGAGCCAGGAUGGGCCUUAUCUGCAGUUUCUGAAACAAAAGCUUAACACACACAUUACUUGCUAGACUUAGAAUGUUUUACCUGAAGCUAAAAUUUUACAAGUCUUGAGUCCCCUAUCAGGGCCACACACUAACCUGACCAGCUCAGGAGCGGCCUUCGCGGCAGCCUCACAGACGCAGAGACCUCAAGUGACCACACAGGAUGGCCUGCGAUUAAAAGUCACUAACUAAAUAAAAGCAGUUUACUCGGGUAGUCCUGCCCUAGGUGAGGCUCUUCCCCGAAAACAGUCCAUCUUUACCUUAAUUAAGCCUGUCUAUUGUCUUUUCACAUCUACAAUAGCAUCCCUUUGGUGUGUCAGAGUAAUUUCCACCCCCCCCACCCCACCCCUCAAAACACAGAUACCAUAUACCACAGCAGAGAGUGCAAAUCCCCAUUGUUAUUAUUAUCGUGCUAAUUGUUGUCUGUUAACUAUCCUGUACCCACCUACGUAAAAAAAAAAAAAGUAUGUGUCUAUCAUUUUACUUUUUAUCCAAUCCUGAAGGUCUCCCUGCUUUGCUUGCUCCGGGCUCCCUCACCUAGCACCAAAGGCUCUCACGCAGCCCACUUACGUGUUGUUACGUACAAAGCAGAGUGCAGAACCGCCACUCUCUGGAGCACUUCCUCAGUCCUUGGGGCUUUUGCUUGCUGGCGAUUGUCAUCAGUCUGGCGCAAAUAAAGGUUUGAAUGUU